UUGCUGCGCGCGGUCGUGUUCGAAGGGAGGGUGGUGGUGUCUCGUUCGUUCACUUUUCCAUCUGUGCGGAUUUUCGAAUUUUCGUUUUCCUCUCUUUUGGUUUUCGGAUUUUUGUUGCUGUUGUUAUUAUUAUUAUUUUUUUUAGACUUAAAAGAUGUGCUCGUUAAGAAAUGAGUGAAUAUGAUUUUCGAGAUACUGUGUGCAGGUUCACAUACUGUAAAUGGCUUGAAAAACGGUUCUGUUAAUUAACACAGCUUCGGACUGUUGAUUCUUGUCAGUUUUUAUAUGACAGACAGAAAAAAAGGUUUUGUUUAAUUCAGUUAUCGAUGAUGAGUGGAAAUUGUUGAAUUAAUAAACACCCUUCAAACUGAGCUACCAUGAAGCACCAUUAACCGGCCCUCACCAUACCAUUCCGACGCUAUGGUGACUCUGAUCUAAGAGGGGGAAGAACAGAGAACAAAUAACAUGGACGGAGAGAACAGAAUCAUCUUGAACGUCGGGGGAAUAAGAUUCGAAACAUACAAAGCAACUUUGAAGAAAAUCCCCGCCACUCGGCUCUCUCGCCUCACUGAAGCUCUGGCCAACUACGACCCUAUUCUCAAUGAGUAUUUUUUCGACCGGCAUCCGGGUGUCUUCGCUCAAAUCCUCAAUUAUUACAGGACCGGGAAACUCCACUACCCAACCAAUGUAUGCGGACCAUUGUUCGAGGAGGAGCUCGAGUUUUGGGGUCUCGACUCCAACCAAGUGGAACCCUGUUGCUGGAUGACAUACACAAUCCAUCGGGAUACGCAGGCAACGCUGGCGAUACUCGACAAGCUCGACGUGGACACGGACAAGCCAUCGGAUGAAGAAAUAGCCAGAAAAUUCGGGUACGAAGACGAAUACCUGAGCGGAAGACUCAACUGGUGGCAGCGAACGAGACCCAAGAUCUGGUCCUUGUUCGAUGAACCAUAUUCCUCGUGGAUGGCCAAGGUGAUUGCCAUCUUAUCCGUUUUCUUUAUCGGCGUGUCCAUCCUGUCCUUUUGCCUGAAGACUCACCCCAAUAUGCGUGUUCCUGUCAUUGUCAACGUGACAGUGAGGGGCGUGUCAAGAAAUGGGUCAAAUAUCACUCACUGGUACCUCAACAAAGACAGGACGGACCCUCACGACGCCUUCUUCUACGUGGAGGCUGCCUGCAACGCGUGGUUCACCUUCGAGAUCCUGAUGCGGUUCGUGGUGACGCCGACCAAGAUAGAGUUCGUCAAAAACACCAUCAACAUCAUCGAUUUCGUUGCUACGCUCAGCUUCUACAUGGAUAUCAUUCUCAAUCAGACGCAGUUUGCAGGAAGAGAGGACAACGCGGGCAAAGCGGCCGAAGUCAUCGAGUUCUUCAGCAUCAUCCGCAUCCUCCGUCUCUUCAAGCUCACCAGACACUCCGGAGGCCUCAAGAUCCUCAUCCACACCUUCAAGGCGUCGGCGAAAGAACUCACCCUUCUCGUGUUCUUCCUCGUACUGGGAAUCGUCAUCUUCGCCAGCCUUGUUUACUACGCGGAGAGGCUGCAGGCCAACCCCCACAACGACUUCAAGAGCAUACCUGAGGGCCUAUGGUGGGCCAUCGUCACCAUGACGACGGUGGGGUACGGUGAUAUGGUGCCCCGGACGUACGUGGGUAUGGUGGUGGGCGCCCUGUGUGCCAUUGCGGGCGUGCUCACCAUCUCGCUGCCUGUGCCCGUCAUCGUCUCCAAUUUCUCAAUGUUCUAUAGCCACACGCAGGCCGAGAUUCGUACUACAGCAGCUCGCCCACGCCCUUGCAGGCCCCGACCCAAAGCCCCGCGGGCGUCGUAUCGCUCGCGCCCAUAAACAAUGAGACCGCGCAGCACUUUCAGGUCAGUGAAACGCGAGGCUUCACGGCGCGCGGGUUUGUUUGUGGCUUCGUGCUUUUGUUUGUGGCUUUGUUUAAUUUCUAUAUCAUCCUAAUCUCAUCCUAA